GAGUGUGUAUUAAACCCACUUUUUAGACUAUGUAGAACCAAAUGACAGCCUGAAUGAUUUUAGCGUAAAACACUGAAUGAUGGCUAGCUCAUUUUCAAUCCUCAUUAAAUCUUCUUUUGGAUUUAUGGUUUCCUUCACAUAUUUAUUUGGUGAGGUUUAAGCCUCAAGACAGAAUGGCAGACACAAAGCGUCUCGCAUUCUCCAUCAUCCAGUUUCUCCAUGAUCAGCUGUCCUCUGGGAGUCUGUCUUCAGAUGCUCAAGAAAGCUUAGAAGUCGCCAUCCAGUGCCUGGAGACGGCGUUUGGCAUCUCUGUAGAGGACCAGAGUUUAGCAGUCAGUCCGUCUCUGCCAGAGAUAUUUGCCUCUGCAACUAAACAGCAGACACCUCAAAAUAAGACCAAUUCACCCAGUUGUUCACCUUCAGAGGAGCAGUUAGCAGAGGCAGAGAGUCUUAAAACAGACGGCAAUGACCAGAUGAAGGUAGAGAACUUUAGUGCAGCCGUUGAGUUCUACUCUAAAGCCAUCCAGCUUAAUCCUCAAAAUGCUGUCUACUAUUGCAACAGAGCUGCAGCCUACAGCAAACUGGGAAACUAUGCUGGAGCUGUUCAAGACUGUGAACAAGCCAUUGGAAUCGAUCCAAACUACAGUAAAGCAUAUGGACGGAUGGGGCUUGCUCUUGCAAGUUUAAACAAAUACUCGGAGGCUGUGAGCUACUACAAGAAAGCGCUGGAGCUGGAUCCUGACAACGACACUUACAAAGCCAACCUGCAAAUAGCAGAACAGAAGAUGAAGGAAGCGCAGCCCAGCCCUGCAGGGGGUUUGGGUGGAGUUGAACUGGCCGGUUUGCUGAGUAACCCUGGUUUCAUGAACAUGGCAUCUAAUUUAAUGAACAACCCACAAGUGCAACAACUGAUGUCAGGUAUGAUGUCUGGGGCUUACAGUCCUAUGGCGGGAGCCACCUCUCCAGGAGCGGGAGCAGCAGCAGCAGCUGGAGCAGGAGGUGCAGGUGCAGGUGCCAGUGACAUCUCCGGCCUCAUACAGGCUGGUCAGCAGAUGGCACAGCAAAUGCAGCAGCAGAACCCUGAGCUUAUCGAGCAGCUGAGGAGUCAAAUGCGCAGUCGACCUCCCAGCAGUGCUGGCGACGAACACUGACACUCCCUAUGAGUUUAACUCUUGACCUGGUGGACCUUUGGAAGAUGGGCUCCUUUUUUAUUUUUUAAGAUAUACCUUGUUCCUUCAACUCCAGGGAUGAGACUGUGUUUAUUCAUCUAUAAAAAACUGCAUGAGUUCCCACUGCCCCACAUUGCCCUACCGGCUGGAAGAGGUCAUCAGUGCACAUACACCCAUCAUAUUUGGGAACUGGACUCUGAAAUAAAUUAAUAAAAUCUCAAAUGUCUGAAUAAAUGAAACAUCACACUGGGUUAACACUUAUAUGCUCAAGUAAUAAUCAAUGUUACGGGACCGUGAUUAAUGAAUUACUGCUACAUGGACAUAAUGCAGAUUUGCUGUAACACCUCAGCGAUUGACCUGUCCAAUGACAAGCCUCUGUCUGAACUGAAAGGGGUUGACAAGGAACAUGUGCAGAACUCAACACUGACAAUUAAAUGUCAGAUUUCAAAUAGGACUUGUGUUUUAGCAGCUGAGGUUUCAUGUUUCACAACCACUUACUAUGUUUGCAAGCAAAUGAGAUUUGUCAAAAGUACCUUUAACAAAUAUUGUUCUUAAUUUGCUCUGAUAAUUCUGGAUUAAAGGAAAUGGAUGUUUUGUCCAUUUUGGAGAACUGA